AUGGCUUCGGCUGGUAACGCCGCGGAGCCCCAGGACCGCGGCGGCGGCAGCGGCUGCAGCGGGGCCGUGGGGCGGCCGGCUGGCGGUGGCGGCGGGAGGCGCAGACGGACCGCAGGGUUGCGCCGCCCCGCGGCGCCGGACCUGGACUAUCUGCACCGGCCCAGCUACUGCGACGCCGCCUUCGCUCUGGAGCAGAUUUCCAAGGGUAAGGCUACUGGCCGGAAAGCGCCGCUGUGGCUGAGAGCGAAGUUUCAGAGACUCUUAUUUAAACUGGGUUGUUACAUUCAAAAAAACUGCGGCAAGUUUUUGGUUGUGGGCCUCCUCAUAUUUGGGGCCUUUGCUGUAGGAUUAAAGGCAGCUAAUCUCGAGACCAACGUGGAGGAGCUGUGGGUGGAAGUUGGUGGACGAGUAAGUCGUGAAUUAAAUUAUACUCGUCAGAAGAUUGGAGAAGAGGCCAUGUUUAAUCCUCAACUCAUGAUACAGACCCCGAAAGAAGAAGGUGCUAAUGUCUUGACCACAGAAGCCCUCCGACAACACCUGGACUCAGCCCUCCAGGCCAGCCGAGUCCAUGUAUAUAUGUACAACAGACAGUGGAAAUUGGAACAUUUGUGCUAUAAAUCAGGAGAGCUUAUCACAGAAACAGGUUACAUGGAUCAGAUAAUAGAGUAUCUUUACCCUUGUUUAAUUAUUACACCUUUGGACUGCUUCUGGGAAGGGGCAAAAUUACAAUCCGGGACAGCUUAUCUCCUAGGUAAGCCUCCUUUGCGGUGGACCAACUUUGACCCUUUGGAAUUCCUAGAAGAGUUAAAGAAAAUAAACUACCAAGUGGACAGCUGGGAGGAAAUGCUGAAUAAGGCUGAAGUUGGUCAUGGUUACAUGGACCGCCCCUGCCUCAAUCCGGCUGAUCCAGACUGCCCUGUCACCGCCCCCAACAAAAAUGCAACCAAACCUCUUGAUGUGGCUCUUGUUUUGAACGGUGGAUGUCAUGGCUUAUCCAGAAAGUAUAUGCACUGGCAAGAGGAGUUGAUUGUGGGUGGUACAGUCAAGAACAGCACUGGAAAACUGGUCAGCGCCCACGCCUUGCAGACUAUGUUUCAGUUAAUGACCCCCAAGCAAAUGUAUGAACACUUCAAGGGCUAUGAGUAUGUCUCACACAUCAACUGGAAUGAGGACAAAGCAGCAGCCAUCCUGGAAGCCUGGCAGAGGACCUACGUGGAGGUGGUUCAUCAAAGCGUCUCUCACAACUCUACUCAGAAGGUGCUUUCCUUUACUACGACGACCCUGGAUGACAUCCUAAAAUCCUUCUCUGAUGUCAGCGUCAUCCGAGUGGCCAGUGGCUACUUACUGAUGCUUGCCUAUGCCUGUUUAACCAUGCUGCGCUGGGACUGCUCCAAGUCCCAGGGUGCCGUGGGGCUGGCUGGCGUCCUGUUGGUUGCACUGUCAGUGGCUGCAGGAUUGGGCCUGUGCUCAUUGAUCGGGAUUUCCUUUAACGCUGCAACAACUCAGGUUUUGCCAUUUCUUGCUCUGGGUGUUGGCGUGGAUGACGUUUUCCUCCUGGCUCAUGCGUUUAGUGAAACAGGACAGAAUAAAAGAAUCCCUUUUGAGGUAAUAGAAAAACAAAAGAAGAGAGAUUUGGGGACUGCCAAAGCUCCCUCUUGUUCUCUGACUCUAAGCACUAUGGUUUCCCCUCCUCAGGACAGGACCGGGGAGUGCCUCAAGCGCACAGGAGCCAGUGUGGCCCUCACGUCCAUCAGCAACGUCACGGCUUUCUUUAUGGCUGCCUUGAUCCCAAUUCCGGCUCUGCGGGCAUUUUCCCUCCAGGCGGCUGUAGUUGUAGUGUUCAAUUUUGCCAUGGUUCUGCUUAUUUUUCCUGCAAUUCUCAGCAUGGAUCUAUAUCGGCGUGAGGACAGGAGACUGGAUAUUUUUUGCUGUUUCACAAGCCCCUGUGUCAGCAGAGUGAUUCAGGUGGAGCCUCAGGCUUACCUAGAGACCCAUGAUAACACCCGCUACAGCCCCCCGCCACCAUACAGCAGCCAUAGCUUUGCCCACGAGACACACAUCACCAUGCAGUCCACAGUCCAGCUGCGCACAGAGUACGACCCCCACACGCACGUGUACUAUACCACUGCAGAGCCACGCUCCGAGAUCUCCGUGCAGCCUGUCACCGUGACCCAGGACACCCUCAGCUGCCAGAGCCCCGAGAGCACCAGCUCUACAAGGGACCUGCUGUCCCAGUUCUCUGACUCCAGCCUCCACUGCCUCGAGCCUCCCUGUACCAAGUGGACACUUUCCUCUUUUGCUGAGAAGCACUAUGCUCCUUUCCUCUUGAGACCCAAAGCCAAGGUUGUGGUGAUCUUCCUUUUCUUAGGCUUGCUAGGGGUCAGCCUUUAUGGGACCACCCGAGUGAGAGAUGGGCUGGACCUUACAGACAUUGUACCCCGAGAAACCAGAGAAUAUGACUUUAUUGCUGCACAGUUCAAAUACUUCUCUUUCUACAACAUGUAUAUAGUCACCCAGAAAGCAGACUACCCGAACAUCCAGCACUUACUUUAUGACUUGCACAAGAGUUUCAGUAAUGUGAAGUAUGUCAUGUUGGAAGAAAAUAAACAGCUGCCCAAGAUGUGGCUGCACUACUUCAGAGAUUGGCUCCAAGGACUUCAGGAUGCAUUUGACAGUGACUGGGAGACUGGGAAAAUCAUGCCCAACAAUUACAAAAAUGGAUCAGAUGAUGGAGUCCUUGCCUACAAACUCCUGGUGCAAACCGGCAGCCGCGAUAAACCCAUCGACAUCAGUCAGUUGACUAAACAGCGUCUGGUGGAUGCAGAUGGCAUCAUUAAUCCAAGUGCUUUCUACAUCUACCUGACUGCAUGGGUCAGCAACGACCCCGUCGCUUACGCCGCCUCCCAGGCCAACAUCCGGCCCCAUCGGCCUGAAUGGGUCCACGACAAAGCUGACUACAUGCCAGAAACCAGGCUGCGAAUCCCGGCAGCAGAACCCAUUGAAUACGCUCAGUUCCCUUUCUACCUCAACGGCUUGCGUGACACCUCGGACUUUGUGGAAGCGAUUGAAAAAGUACGAACAAUCUGCAACAACUACACAAGCCUGGGGGUCGCCAGCUACCCCAACGGCUACCCCUUCCUCUUCUGGGAGCAGUACAUCGGGCUUCGCCACUGGCUCCUGCUGUCCAUCAGCGUGGUGUUGGCCUGCACAUUUCUGGUGUGCGCCGUCUUCCUCCUGAACCCCUGGACUGCCGGGAUCAUUGUGAUGGUCCUGGCUUUGAUGACAGUGGAGCUCUUUGGCAUGAUGGGCCUCAUUGGAAUCAAGCUGAGUGCUGUGCCCGUGGUCAUCUUGAUUGCGUCCGUCGGCAUAGGAGUGGAAUUCACUGUCCAUGUUGCUUUGGCCUUUCUCACAGCCAUUGGUGAUAAGAACCGCAGGGCAGUGCUCGCCCUGGAGCACAUGUUUGCACCCGUUCUGGAUGGUGCUGUGUCCACUCUCCUUGGGGUCCUGAUGCUUGCAGGGUCUGAAUUUGAUUUCAUUGUCAGGUAUUUCUUUGCGGUUCUGGCCAUCUUAACAAUCCUGGGUGUUCUGAACGGAUUGGUUUUGCUCCCAGUCCUUUUGUCCUUCUUUGGGCCAUAUCCUGAGGUGUCUCCAGCCAGCGGACUGAACCGGCUACCUACUCCGUCCCCUGAGCCGCCCCCCAGCGUUGUCAGGUUUGCUGUGCCCCCCAGUCACACGAACAACGGGUCCGAUUCCUCUGACUCGGAGUACAGUUCUCAGACGACGGUGUCCGGCAUCAGCGAGGAGCUGCGGCACUACGAGGCCCAGCAGGGCUGCGGCAGCCCUGCCCACCAGGUGAUUGUGGAAGCCACAGAAAACCCCGUCUUCGCCCGCUCCACUGUGGUCCAUCCCGAUUCCAGACACCACCCACCCUCCAACCCUCGCCAGCAGUCCCACCUGGACUCGGGGACCCUGCCACCAGGACGGCCAGGCCAGCAGUCCCGCAGGGACGCCCCCAGAGAAGGGCUGCGGCCGCCCCCCUACAGACCGCGCAGGGACGCUUUUGAAAUUCCUACUGAAGGGCAUUCUGGUCCUAGCAAUAGGGACCGCAUGGGCGCCCGAGGAGCCCGUUCUCACAAGCCUCGGAACCCAGCAUUCACUGCCAUGGGCAGCUCCGUGCCCGGAUACUGCCAACCCAUCACCACUGUGACUGCUUCUGCCUCCGUGACAGUUGCUGUGCACCCCCAACCUGGACCAGGGCCUGGGCACAGCCGGAACCCCCGGGGGGGGCUCUGCCCGGGCUAUGAGGACUACCCCGAAACUGACCACGGGCUGUUUGAGGACCCCCAUGUGCCUUUUAAUGUCCGGUGUGAGAGAAGGGAUUCGAAAGUGGAAGUCAUAGAGCUGCAAGAUGUGGAAUGUGAGGAGAGGCCCCGGGGAACCAGCUCCAACUGAGGGUGAGUAAAAUCUGAAGCAAAGAGGCCAAAGAUUGGAAACCCCCAUCCCCACCCCACCCCACCUCUUUCCAGAACUGCUUGAAGAGAACGUGGAGACAUGGGAAAGGUGUACUGCCCAGGAGAGCAGUUCGUUGUUACUGUAACCAAUUGUAUUAUUUUGUUAAAUAUUCCUAUAAAUAUUUAAGAGGUGUACACAUGUAAUAUACGAACCGUGUAAAGUAGAGGGUUUCUUCACUCCUGUCCCAGAGUGGGGAGGCUAUAGUGGGUCCCUCUCGUUUGUACAUUGAUCUCUGUGCCACAACCAAGCUUAACUUAGUCUUAAAUUUCAGCAUAUGUUGCUGCUGCUCAAAUAUUGUAUAAUUUACCUGUAUAAUUCUAUGCAAAUAUUGCUUGUGUAAUAGGAUUAUUUUGUAAAGGUUUCUGUUUAAAAUAUUUGAAGUUUGCAUAUCACAACCCUGUGGUAGUAUGAAACGUUACUGUUAACUUUCAAACACGCUAUGCGUGAUAAUUUUUUUUGUUGUUUAAUGAGCAGAUAUGAAGAAAGCACGUUAAUCUCGGUGGCUUUUCUAGGUGUAGUUCUAUGCGGUUCUUUUGUUUGGCUGUGAGUGUGAACACGUGUGGUUUUUGGGUUUUUUUUUGUACUGUACUGUGAUUUUUUGUUUGUUUCUUUUUUUGUUUUUUUCACCAUCUGUAACCAUUAGUGGUCUCUGAACUAAUCAGGCUGGAAGAGUCAGGAUCUCUUUAUUGCUCAGUGCUUGUGGAGGGCCAGCCCUAAACAUCAGGCUUUAUCCUUUGGAAAUGGCAGAGGAAAAGCUGGACUCGCUGCUAGUCUGUGGCAUCUCAUAAGGUCAUUGUUGUCACCCAGAUACCCCACCUGGUGCUGCAAAGGAGAUGAGUUUUGUUUUUUUUUUCCGCAUGGGUCGUUGUGAUUGACAUUGGAACCUCCAUGCAUAGAGCUACCAUCUGUCCGUCUUCGUUGGUAUUAAAGAAUUGGAUAGCAUGCCUAAUGAUGUGUCUGACUAGGUCCUGAGUGCAUGCUGUAACAAAUUGUGCAGCCUCGUUAUACUCUUUAUCAGGACCAACACACACCCGUACCCCCCAAAGUUACCAGUAGACUGAACAUCCUUUGCAACCCAUGGUCCUGCUACAGGUAGAAAAUCUGUUGAUUCUGGGCCUACAAUUCAACCAGAGAUGGCAUUUUGAGUCCUUCAGAUUGAACCUUCCUCUCUUCCUAAAUCAAGCAGUUGGUUGGAACUUCCUUGGAAAAUAAACAACACACUGAUACAGAGUCAGAAAUUGUAUAGGAUGUGAGUUUCAGAAGGAUCCUUCUCAGCUGGUUAAUUAUGGAAUGCACACUUCCUAAAGAAAUGGGAAACAUGGGCUCACUCCACUUGCCGUUAUUACCGCUGGUUCCAUGUGACACUUAUUGAAGAGCAGCAAGAUGCUAAUUGCAUAAACCCUACUCAAGCACCAUAUAUGGAGGCCUGUCUCUCAACCAGGCAUCACUUAUUUUUAAAGAUUGGCUUCUGUGUGGGUGCUGUUCCCUUGCUCUGAGGUUUGAUCUUCUCACCUCGUGGCCAGAGACCAGCCCCCUUGCAAAUCCAUGCUGGCCACGUGUUUACAGACAUGAGGGAAGUCAAAGGGAAGGGCCAGUUCCCCACAUGAAAGAACCUUAAGCUACUGUUCGGAGUGCACUAAUGGCAACUCCGUUAUUUCCUCCUGUUUUACAUGGAAAAUCCUAAUAGAAAGACAACAGGCGCCCAGUAGUACUGGCAGUAUAGUGACCUCAGACCCUGAAACUCGCCAACAAAACUGCAAGCUACUCAUUGGAAGCCACCUGCAGCUAUCAGGAGUGUGUGUGUACGUGCGAGUGUGAGAGUGAGAGUGAGGGGCCCUGGCCAUCCCCGUUGUUACUGUUUUUGGUACCUCUCCACCAGCCACACUGUCGGUCUACCUAACACCUGCCUCUGCAUUGAGGAGGGAGAUGAUGCAAAAUUCUGAGAUUGGCUUCUCCUUAGUUCUUGGUGUGUCCUCGCUCCUUUCCUGAGCACAGCUUGUGUGGUGCGUGCGACCCUCCCAGCCCUUGCUUUCUACACAGCGUAGAACUCUUCUCCUGUAGUCACAUUGGCAAAGGGAGAACUUGGGCUGGCGGGCAACUAGAAUUUCUGUUUUUUUUUUUUUUUUAAUUUUGUCUGUCUUGUUUGUUCAUUUGGAUGUUUUAAUUUUUUUUUUAAUCUUUGCUGAUAUUUAUAAUUUUGUAUCAUAAGAAUGUUUUCCUACAGUAUUUGUCAUGCCAGUUUAUAACAAAAAAAAAUGCAGGGAUUUUAUUUCUAUUGGAAACACUAUUACAGCUGUGUUUUACUUUUGAACAGAAUUUUUAUUUGUAUAGAGUGCUUACUAAUGUUAAAUAGUUCAGAGUAUAUAACAUUGACGUUAAGGAACUCACGGUAGGUUUUCGUGUAAGGAGUUUAAAGGAAAUAAAUAUUCAAACUGUGUCUCAUUGUCUGCCAAGGUGGGCGGAAAUGGGUUUGUGUCAUUUCAGUUACAAAGAUAAAAAGUAUGCCAUAUAAUUUAUUUAUAUGAAAAUUUAUUUUUGUAGUGUACAUAGUAGUCAUCAAGUCUUUGGACAGAAGUAUAUUUUUAAAGAAUUUAUAUGUGAUGAAUCCAUAAUGUCUGGAACUUUGCUGAGACAUAAGUGGGGCACACUUUUCAUUGUCAAUUACAGUGAGAAAAAGAAAACGUUAAACAGUGUUAAGAGAGUGAACAAGUGACUAUCUGGGCAAUUGUGAAAUGUGUGUUAGUUACCAUUUGUGACCUAGCGUGGUUCUUUUUAACCCUGGGAAGGCAAAAAUGUACAAACUCUCUAAAUAUUGAUGUUCAAACACUGAUAGAAAUUCUAACAUGAAUAAAAAAUAAUAUAACUUGUUGGUUAUGUCUUUGUUUAUAGAAUGUUUUUUAAUGGAAAUACUUGACGAAGGCCGUUCAUGUUUCAGGCCAUCCUAAAC